AUUUUUUUUUUCUAUAACUCCGCUUCAAAUCAGUUCUUCACUCAGCUGCUUCGACAACCCUUCACGCAACAGCGGCCACCGCCACCGCCACCGCCACCGCCACCGCCACGACCGGAGAAUCUCAUCGAAGGCACCGAUGGCUGAGAAGGUAGGACAAAUUUUUCCUGAGUCUGUUUUGAAGAAACAGAAGAGAGAAGAGGAAUGGGCCUUGGUCAAGAAGCAGGAGGUUGCAGCUCUCAAGGAGAAGAAGGCUGCAAACAGGAAGCUGAUUUAUAACAGAGCCAAGGACUAUGCGAAGGAAUAUGCCGCGCAGGAAUGGGAGCUCAUUCAGUUGAAGCGCGAGGCGAGGUUGAAAGGAGGGUUCUAUGUGAACCCUGAGGCUAAGUUGCUUUUCAUCAUUCGCAUCCGUGGUAUUAAUGCAAUGCAUCCUACCACAAAGAAGAUCCUGCAGCUGCUGCGUCUUCGUCAGAUUUUUAACGGUGUGUUCCUAAAAGUGAACAAAGCAACAGUGAAUAUGCUGCACAGGGUUGAGCCAUAUGUUACUUUCGGGUACCCAAACUUGAAGAGUGUUAGAGAAUUGAUUUACAAGAGGGGAUUUGGCAAGGUCAACAAGCAGCGCAUUGCCUUGACCGACAACUCGAUUAUUGAACAGACUCUUGGCAAACACGGCAUUAUCUGCAUCGAAGAUCUCAUCCAUGAGAUCCUGACUGUUGGGCCUCACUUCAAGGAGGCUAACAACUUCCUCUGGCCAUUCCAACUAUCGGCACCCUUGGGUGGACUUGAGAGAAAGAGGAACCACUAUGUCGAAGGUGGAGAUGCUGGGAACCGUGAAGACUACAUCAAUGAACUCAUUAGAAGGAUGAACUAGAAUUUUUUGUAAGCUUUGAAGUUUUCGGAAUUUUGGGGGUUAUGUUUUACUUUGCUCUGUUUUGUUCUGAUUGUUUUCAUGACAUUUGUUCCAAAAACUUGCAUCAUACAACCUGUUUGUUACUAAUUUUGCA